CGCUGACGCCGUUUACGCCAGUGGCGCUGAUCCGCCGAUAAAUGUGUGUGUGUGUGUUUGAAUUCGCAGGAUCCGUAGUUGAAUAAAAGCACACACAAAAACGGACCACGCAGCAUGCGCUGAAGUCUAACAACUAUGAUUUAUUGCACACCACAAGUGAGCCAUGGGGGAAAGCACGGGGAGUGAGAAAAGUGAUUUGCGGCACUAGAGCAUGCUUCAAUGUUAGUGGUGCUAGGGCCCCUGGUGCUACUGCUACAGUUACCAGCAAAAUACCAUAAAGUUAGUUUACAUUCGAUGGAUGACGCAGACGACGACACACACCUGUGCCUUCGAUGCAGAUCUACGAUUACUGGUCUUCAACAAUACAUAAUCCACCGCAAAGGACAUUGUAGCGCAAACAAGCAAGUUGAACCGGAGCCUCAAAUAAUUACACGCUCGCCUGUGCAUCAUUACGAGCCUUCACCACUACGCGCUGACGACUUUUUUUCGUCACUUGAGCUGCAAAGUAUUCAAGUUACAGUUACAGGGAACAAUGCAGCUGCUAAGUCAGUUCAGGCAGACGACGAUUUUGAUGAAGCUGACGACAGCGAUAGCGAUUUGUACCCACCGCGUACACACACUGGCGGAAAGUGGAAGCCAGGUUGGCGGCCGGACAGCAGUACCUGGAAAAGCAUUCAAUCUCCGACGAAGCAGUUUCAGGACUUACCUGGGAAAAGCGAGGGCAGCGACUUUUAUUGCAUGCCUUGCGAUCGGCGCUACCGCGACAAGUACAGUUUCAUUCGUCAUAUAAGCACGUGGUAUCACAUCAAAAGGUCUGGAGGAAAACUGUCCCCUUGCAAAAAGAGUAGCAGAAACAAAUCAUCGAAGUUCACCGAUAUUAUUGAUGGGCUACUAGCUAAGGACACACGAAAAGGCAGUGAUGAGAGGACUAGAACGAGAAGAAAUAGUAAACCUUCACUGCCAUAUUCGGCAGAACCAGAAGUGCGUCAGAGGGCAGAGACUGAUGAGUUUCCUACAUACGCUUACAGGUCAGAAAAUCGGCCUUUGUACAUACAGUGUUUGGAUCCCACAGAGGUGAUAGGCCCGACACACUGUUCUGCGGAUAUUGGUGAGAAGCAAAACCACCGGGAAACGAUGUCAGAGUCUGCUCUGUCUGAAGGCACAAACGUACAAAGGAAUGGAGAAAUGCAAAAAGAGCGUUUCUCACCACGUGAUAUUAGCCCCAUUAAACUUGACAUGAAUAAUUUACCACCGUCACCAAGUGAUGAACUGAAAGCAACACCAAAAAGCACAAAAGCAAAGGCAGAAGUCACAAAAACAUCUUGUCCCUACUGCAGUAAGGUUGUGAACAAACUCUAUAUGAAGUUUCAUCUAUUCACGCACACCGGAGAACAACCAUUUCAGUGCCAUCUCUGUGGUCGGACAUUUGCACAUAGAAGCACACUCUCGACACACAUCAAACAUCAUUUGGGGUUGAAACGUUACGCAUGCAGUCAGUGCCCCUUCCGUGCGGUACGGCCUAGUAUGCUGAGGCGUCACCAAAAAUCUAUUCACAGUACUGGCGUCUGCGCACGAACCCUCUAUUGUCAUGUCUGUGGAUUAGCGCACUAUAACCAACAGAGUUUGAGACAACACAUUUUGAGGCAUAAUCUAGAUUCCCUUCACAACUGCUGUGACACAACUUACGGGGAUGAGCAAGCUCUUUUGUGUGACACAUGCGGUUUCAGCACAGCCAACAUGCACCAGCUGAUCAGACACAAGCGGAAGCAUACUGGAGAACGUCCAUUCAAGUGUGAGCUCUGCAACUUUAGCUCGUCUCGAAGCGGCCCACUGCAGCGCCACCUGAGGAUCCACACAGGUGCGAAACCAUAUAAAUGUCCACACUGCGACUAUGCGUGUAGCUCACAAGAGAAUGUCCGUAAGCACAUACUCAAGACAAAGAAGCAUGCAGGUAAAAAGAUGUAUAUUUGUUCAGAAUGUGCCUUUGAUACCAAUCAAUUCAGUGCAUUCAAGGAUCACCUGCAAAGUGAGCAUGGCCAUCAACGAACACAACUUUCGAGUGCCGUGUCACUUACAGUGGGCAGAAGCCCCGAAAACAAGGUGGAGGAGACCAUCAGUGGCAUGCAAGGCGACGUAAAUAUAGCUAAAGGUAUGGAAACUGUGACAGAAGCCAGCAUAGCAACAUCAGAGGUGCCACUAUCACAAGCAACAUCCUUCGAAAUAAUGUCUCGAGAGUCAUGCAAUCUGGAAAUUACAUCGCAGUCUGAUUUACAAGAGUUCAGAACAACGGAGCUAGGGGUGGUUGACGGUUACCUGCCACUGACGUCACCAGUUCACCAGAUACCCAGCAUAGCAAAAGAUCCCUCCUCUGUGGACCACACAGAGAACAGAAGAGAACUUUCGGCGUGCCUCACUUCGUCUCCACAGAAGAUGCCACUGAAAAACCCAUAUUUGCUGGAGCCCUCAAGAGAACCACCGGUUUUCUACGUCUCUUCAUCUGAUUUCAGCGGACUUGGAAGCUCUCUCGAGACUGCAACAUUGGACAGUUUUUUGCCUGUAAGAUCUCCUUUGUUGAAAACAUACAGGCCAAACAUUACAAACACACCGGUCGAGAAUUCUGUGUCUAUCGAGCCCGUAGACCCAGCAAACUGUGUUCUUCUCCCGGAGUUACAUGAGCAGUUGGGGGUGCAGGCAACUGACACAGUUGGGGUCACACAACUUGAUGGCAACAAUGCUGUGUACAUAUGUAUGCCUCUGAAUGGCCCCUGAUUAACCUGUGUAACAAUGAAAUAUGCAAAUUUGUAACACAAGUUUACAAUGAACCUCUGCAGGGUGGAACAGGUAAUGUCAAGCCAUGCAGCAGAGAGAAGUGUGUGAAUUGCAAGUCAGCUUAUCACCUGCAAAACUAGCUAUUUGAACAGUCAGAGGCUUCUUUUGGGAACUGCAGUAAAAAAUUAAAAAGUAAUUCUGCCAUU